ACGCCCAUCGCGCCUCACUGAUUGAAAUCACCUGUGACAUGGGUCCUGAGAGCGUCUCACACACCACAGGUAAAUAAUAGACGUGUAGCAGGAAACUACGGGUUUUCACUCUGUGUCAGCUGGAGUGGGGGGGGAUUUCUCUCAAAAGCACAGCUCCGGUGUGAUUUCCCUAGCUGUUGGAAAUCCCCGCCGAAGCCCCGCCCACUCCCUAUAAAACCCGCAGCGCCUCCCAGCUGCUGUUAAACUGUGCCGAGCUUGUGCUGGAGUUGGUCAGAAGAGCCGCACGCGACUUCAAUAUGGACGUACACCGAGCUGCUGACCACGGACACACGGAUUAUAACAUGGAGGCCAAGCGCGGGAAGGCGCUGCCCUGCCACGAGGACCGCUUCGACAGCGGAAUAGAUUCGCUAAAGGAGGAGCUGCUGUCGACCGAGCUGGACGCACUGCGCGUGAGCGAGUCUGUCUGGGGGGACUGGGAGCCCUGGAGGGCCGAAGUGAACGAGGACGGAGACACGCUUCUCCACUUGGCCAUCAUCCAUGAAGCCACUGAUUGCGUGCUGCAGAUGAUCAGACUGUCCCAUGGCCACCCCUUCCUCAAUGCCCAGAACCACCAGAGACAGACUGCCCUCCACCUUGCUGUGAUCACCGAGCAGCCCCAGUUGGUGGACAAACUCCUGAAGGCCGGCGCCGACCCCUUGCUGGCCGACAACAGCGGUAACACGCCGCUCCACAUCGCCUGCAAGCAGGGCUCCCUCGCCUGCUUUGGUGUCAUUACCCAGAAUUGCCAGCGCCACCGCGCCUCCAUCCUGUCUGCCUGCAACUACAGUGGACACAACUGCCUCCACUUGGCCUCAGUCAACGGUUAUAUAUCUCUGGUGGAAAGUCUUGUGAGUUUGGGUGCAGACAUUAACGCGCGGGAGCCCUGCAGCGGCCGGUCGGCUCUCCACCUGGCCGUCGACCUCCAGGACUCUACACUGGUCCACCGCCUCCUUGACCUUGGCGCAGACGUCAACUGCUUGAACUACGGUGGUUUUACGCCGUACCACCUCACCUACGGGCGCCAUAAUGAAGAGAUCCGCUCCCAGCUGUACGAGAGGACAGCCCAGGAUCUGAGGGAGCUGCCCGACAGCGAGGACAGCGACAUGGAAGACUUAUCGGAGGAUGAGGUUUAUGACGACAUAAAGUUUGGGAAGUAAAUCCAAAGCAAACCUUCGGCUGGAGGCGUGAACAUCAGGCUGCUACUGGUGUUGCCUAGCAACGGCUCCCGUGGGGGAAUGGAGCAGGUCUUCCUCCCCUCCCUGUACCGCCACCCCCCCAAAGGCCAUGGUUCUGGCACAGGUGCUGGUCCCAUGGCUGCAAACAGGACCAAAGAUGGUGUCCAGUCUGGCCAUGUGUGCUGGAGAAGCCACCACGGCUAGACCGAAUCGUCUACGCUUCUGUACCCGUGUAGACGUACGAUGUAAAUAACAGAUGUACUAUACUGUAUAUAUAGAGAUUAUUUUUGUACUGUGUCUGUGUGAAUGUAACACUAUCAUGUUAAAUAAAUUCUUGAGUGGGAAAAGUUUUA